GGAUGUGGCGCGCGGAGGGGAAAUGGCUGCCGAAAACAAGCCGGAAGGACUGAAGAAAAUCCGUAAUCCGGAUCGAAUGUACAGAUCAGCAGUGUGUUAUUCGGCCCAUGCUCCUCCUAAGAGUGUCAGUGAUGACACAGAGACGAACAAUGAACACGGACAUUUGAAAAUAUACCUGCCCAAAAAGCUGCUCGAAUGUUUACCAAAAUGCUCCACAUUGCCAAAAGAGAGACACAGGUGGAACACCAAUGAGGAAAUCGCAGCAUACUUGAUAACAUUUGAAAAGCACGAGGAAUGGUUGACGACAUCCCCUAAAACAAGGCCGCAGAAUGGGUCAAUGAUCCUGUACAAUAGGAAGAAGGUGAAGUACAGAAAGGACGGCUACUGCUGGAAAAAAAGAAAAGAUGGGAAGACCACGCGGGAGGAUCACAUGAAGCUCAAAGUACAGGGAGUGGAGUGUCUGUACGGCUGUUAUGUCCACUCCUCCAUCAUCCCCACCUUCCACCGUAGGUGCUACUGGCUUUUGCAGAACCCAGACAUUGUGUUGGUCCACUACCUGAAUGUGCCAGCCAUCGAGGAUUGUGGGAAGCCAUGCGGGCCCAUCCUGUGCUCCAUCAACACAGACAAGAAGGAAUGGGCCAAGUGGACAAAGGAAGAGCUCAUUGGCCAGCUGAAGCCCAUGUUUCAUGGCAUCAAGUGGACUUGCAGCAAUGGGAACAGCAGCUCCGGCUUCUCUGUGGAGCAGCUGGUGCAGCAGAUACUGGACAGCCACCAGACCAAGCCUCCUCCUCGGACUCACAACUGCCUCUGCACGGGCACACUGGGCGCAGGGAGCAGUGUGCAUCAUAAAUGUAACAGCGCCAAACAUCGCAUAAUCUCUCCAAAAGUUGACCCUCGCUCUAGUAGCUACAGCAGCGGCCACUCUGAGCUCCAGAAUAAUGACGUGUCAGAGGGUAAAAUAGAACACAGCCACAGCAGCAAGAACAAUGGAGGUGCAGGAGGGGGGAGUGUACGUGAGAAACGCAAUGGCAAAGUCCACAAACCUGUACUGCUACACCAGAACAGCACUGAAGUCUCCUCCACCAAUCAGGUGGAAGUGCCAGACACUACCCAGAAUUCCCCUGUGUCCAUUAGCAGUGGGCUGACCUCUGAUCCGGACAUGGCUGACAGCCCAGCAGUGACAGGCAUGGGCCAUGUGGCGUCCGUCAUGAGCAGCCUAUCCCAGAGUGUCUUCAUGUCUGAUGUGACUGGGGACCCCGUCUACAGCAUGUCCCCCACUGGAGGCCCCAAUGCUCAUAUUAUGGGACCUGAUGCCACCUCCCACAAUCUGAUCUUAGCAGUCACCUCUGACAGCCACAAGUUUGCCUUUCCUGGUAAUGGAAAAGCAGAUACAGGUGGCCCUGGAGCAGAUGGGCUGUCCAUGCUAUCUGCAUCCAGUGUCUCUGAGAAGCUUGUUCUCUCCAGCAGCCUAGACUCAGGCGGCAUCAAAAUUCCAGAAACGGCUAUGAACUUUGAUCCUGACUGCUUCCUGAAUAACCCGAAGCAGGGCCAGACAUAUGGGGGAAGUGGAUUAAAGCAGGAGAAUGGUUUAUCCGGUGCCUCAUCCUCCUCAACAGCUAGCACUAACGGUUUGCAGCGCUCACCAUCUAUAUCCGAUUCAAACUAUGGCUACAGUUCUGUGCUGGUGAAAAACAUCAAGACUGAAGACACUUCAUUUGAACAACAGCUGGCCAAAGAGGGGAGCUACCAAGUGGGGGCAGUAGUAAGCUGUAGUGUGUCCAGUGGUUCAGGUGGCCAGAACUCACUUACCUUGACCCCAGCUGCCUCUCUGCUGCCCUCUGGAGGGGGCCUGAGUCCCAGCACCACAUUGGAGCAGAUGGACUUUAGUGCCAUCGAUGCAAAGCAGGACUACUCCUCCGGUGCCACAGCAGUAGGUUAUGGCCAGGCAAUGAACAACCUAGCUCACCAAAACCAAUCUCCAAACUUCUUCCUUCAUGAUGCACCACAGCCACCCCAGACCCAGCAGGCUAGACAGAGUUCUGGCCAGAAGAGCCACCUACUAGAACAUAACUCCCCUGAUGGAGCGUACAUGGGUCUGCAGGUUGUGAAGACAGAAUCGCCUGGCAGUAAUGGCCACCUACACCACCAUCAUGUCCACCAUGGCCAACACAGAGCCGACUGCAAUGGGGGCUCAACCACGGAAGCACAGGGACAGACUGGCUCCCUUCAGCUCCUGCAGUACCAGGGAGGUUUCCCAGGUCUUGGUCCAGAGCAUGAGGAGGUGGUCGGCAUGGAUCAGAGCCGCAAUGUGGGGUCUGCUCAGACUGGGGCCACAGUGAAUGGAACAGAUGGUUUACUGAAGUCCGGUGAUCACCUGCAGGCCUGCGGAGGGGGAAAUGGAGAGACUAGAGGAACGGAUCACUUCAUGCAGCAGAGCUCUGAGAAUGGACCAGGGUCUGAGGCAGUGGCUUUGAGAAAUGGAAACAGAGCAAGUGCACCCAGCAAUUCCUCUCAACAACAACUCCAGCCGUUGCUUCAGGGAGCUAAUUUGGUUCAAGGGCUCUACAACACUGUGGGGGAUCACCAUGGUCUUAGUGGAGCAGGAGCCAACAGUGCAGGAGGCACAGGCAUGGAAAUCAGUUUGGAUCACUUUGACAUCUCUUUUGGCAACCAGUUUUCUGACUUAAUCAAUGAUUUCAUCUCAGUGGAUGGUGGACCCAAUGCCGUAGGGGCUGCGGGGACAUUGUACACCCACCAGUUGGUGGUCCCACCUGGGUCAGAUGGAACGGCCAACUCAGGUGGGAACCAACAGCAAGGUCAAGGGGAUGUAACCAAUAGGGCAGCAGGAUACAGCCCUUCAGAGCUCUGCCUCCAGUCGUGCUGUAGCCCCCAGUCUUUAGGUGGUGGUGGGGGUGUUGGGGGAGGAACAGGAGAGACUGGCUCACUGGCUUACAUGCAUGUCGCUGAAGUAGUAUCAGCAGCAGUUUCUCAGGGCACUCUGGGAAUGCUGCAUGCCACCGGGAGACUUUUUAUGGUCACAGAUUACUCUCCAGAAUGGUCCUAUCCAGAGGGUGGAAUGAAGGUGUUAAUCACAGGACCAUGGCAAGAGGACAGCAGUAGCUACACCUGCCUGUUUGAUCAGAUCUCUGUCCCUGCAUCCCUCAUCCAGCCUGGAGUUUUACGUUGCUACUGUCCCGCCCAUGACACAGGCUUGGUGACUCUGCAGGUGGCUGUCAGUAAUCAGAUCAUCUCUAACUCAGUGGUGUUUGAGUAUAAAGCCCGUGCACUGCCUUCUCUGCCUUCAUCCCAGCACGACUGGCUGUCACUUGACGAUAACCAAUUCAGAAUGUCCAUCCUGGAACGGCUGGAGCAGAUGGAGCGCAGGAUGGCUGAGAUGGCCGGUCAGCAGCAGCAGGGUAGCGGAGGCACAGCAGGGGCUGGAGGAGGUGGAGGAAACGGAGGUGCUAAUAGCCAGUCUCAGUGUGUCUCUGGGCAGGCAGGAAGCUCCUUCGAGAGCCGUGUUGUAGUUGUUUGUGAGAAGAUGAUGAACCGGGCCUGCUGGGCCAAAUCUAAACGCCUGAUUCACUCCAAGACCUUCAGAGGCAUGACCCUGCUGCACCUGGCCGCUGGCCAGGGCUACGCCACCCUCAUCCAGACUCUCAUCAAAUGGCGUACUAAGCAUGCAGAAAGCAUCGAUCUGGAGCUUGAAGUGGACCCUCUCAACGUGGAUCACUUUUCUUGUACUCCACUGAUGUGGGCUUGUGCUUUGGGUCACCUAGAGGCGGCAGUUGUCUUGUAUAAAUGGGACCCGAGAGCACUGGCCAUUCCAGACUCCCUAGGCCGCCUGCCUCUCUCCAUCGCCCGAUCCCGUGGCCACACUAAGCUGGCGGAAUGUCUAGAGCAGCUUCAGAGGGAGGAGCAGCAGCAGCAGACACCCUCGUCCCUGCCCCCCACCUCCAGCAUGUCUUUUUCUCCCAACCCUGACAUUCCCACCACCAACAGCUGGAUGGUCAACUGGGGCAGUGACGAUAUGGUGACCCCCAGCGGGCAGAACACUGGCACAGCCACCAUCACUACAACCACUUGCACCAACCAGAACCCUGAUUUGAGAAGGCCAAGAUCAGAGCCUUCCAACUACUACAGUAGCGAGUGCCAGCGGGAUCUUCCCCUUGCCAAGAAACACAAGCCCAACCCUGAGCUUCUGCAAGCACAGCUGGAUAAACCAGUGUCAGUUCCCUUGAGCAUGGAGCAGCAGACACAUAAACUAUCAACCAGCCCUAAGACCCUCCCCUCCAACCCUUCCAGCCCUGACAAGAGCACCUCUGAAGAAGGUAUAGGGACAGUGGGUAUGCCGCAAGCUAAGAUGGGGUCUUUCCGUGGAGGUCAUAAGUGGGCCUCUAGAGAGGUGCUCAGGAAUGGGGGUGGCAAUGGUGGCAGCAGCAUAGGAAAGGAGAAGUUGGCCAACCAGCUGAGACAGCAUGGGGAACCCCUCAGCAUGCUUGGAAUGGUGGGGAGAAAAAUGGUAGACACGGAAAUUCUCUCUUACAAGGAGGAUCUGGAGAACCAGGACUGCCUCUCACACAUGAAGGAUCUACAGGCGAAUAUGAUGAGCUUGACAGAGCACAUCAUCGAGGCCACUCCAGAGCAUAUCAAGCGAGAACAUUUCCCGCCAGUGGAGUCUGUUCCUCUGGAAAACAGUGGGCUCACCAAUACCAUGAGCUGGCUGGCCAGUUACCUGGGAGACGUGCAACACCUGCCCAGCAUCGUCCACUUGAGUCCCAUUUACAGUGAACCCCUGACCCCUUCAUCCAACCCUAGUCUGAGCCCGGUCAACUCGCCCAUUCGUGUGGGCCCAUUUGAGAAGCCGACCUUGCCCGCUCCAGCAGAAUGGAGUGAGUUUCUCCGAGCCUCAAACAGCAAGGUGGAGAGAGAGCUAGCCCAGCUCACCCUAUCCGAUCCCGAGCAGAGGGAACUCUACGAGGCAGCACGGCUGGUGCAGACCGCUUUCCGCAAGUAUAAGGGACGCCCACUGCACGAGCAACAGGAAGUAGCCACCACUGUCAUUCAGCGCUGUUACAGGAAGUACAAGCAGCUAACAUGGAUAGCCUUGAAGUAUGCACUUUAUAAGAAGAUGACGCAGGCCGCCAUCCUUAUCCAGAGUAAGUUCCGAAGUUACCACGAGCAGAAGAAGUUCCAGCAGAGCCGGCGGGCAGCCGUGCUGAUCCAGCAAUGCUACCGCAGCUACAGAGAGUUUAGUAGGCUGAGGCCUCACCGCCGAGCAGCUACUGCUGCCCUGGUUCAGCACAAACUCAGAAGCAGUCUGCUCACAAAGAGGCAGGAUCAGGCUGCUCGCAAGAUCAUGAGGUUCCUACGGCGCUGUCGCCACAGCCCCUUGAUGGACCAUAGACUAUUCAAGCGGAGUGAGAGAAUUGAGAAAGGCCAGGGAACAUGAGAGCGUUCAGAAGAGCCCCCUCACAAUGUGACAUUACUCUCCAGACUCUUUUCAGUUCUUCAGUUUCAACCUGAUACAUUUUACAAGAAGAGAAAGAAAAAUAGCAAGAACUCUUACUAUGACUGAUACUACUUCUGCUACAAAACAACUGCAUUGUUUCAUAUCUCUUUAUUCCUUCUAUCUUUUUUUUUUUUUGAGGGAAAGAGCCAAACUCUGUGGAGCUAAACAAACGUUGGACGUUGUUUUUGGAGGAACUACAUGAGCUUCGUGGCAUUUUUUUGCACUUUUUAAUGGAUUUAUUUAUCAUUUUUGAGGAGCAUUAAAAAGGGGGGAAAAGCUGAAUUGGACAGAUGAAGUCCUUCUCUUCAGUGUCUCAUGGAGAGAAGAUAAAGGAAGAUUGAAAGAUUGUGACAAAAUAUGGAGUUGACAAAUAAAGAUGGCCGGGCCUGUUACAAGUUUAUUACAUAGUUUUUAAAGAUUAAAUUAUACGUUUAGUGGAUAAUAGUGUUACCAAAAAUGGUGAAUAAUUCAUUGAUUGAUUUUUGUACAUGCUUUAAUCCACAGCCAGACAAAUUCAUCACAAAAAUCUUCCAGUCUGUCCCUUAUCGUUGCCCGUUUUCUCCUAGUUUCAAGGGGAUUGGGCAGCUAAUGAAUGUAAGAGGGAAAUGUGCAGGUGUGACGAGUCAAAUUUGAGAUUUUAUUUUGCUAACAUGGCAUAUGUGCAUAAAAUGUAAAUCGUUAAGUAUUUUCAAAUUGAUGAUUUCAUCCAUUGAUUUAUUCUGCAAAAUUUUGUCUCAAAUUAAUUCUAUGGUAAAUAUCAACUUCACCUGUAAAGCUUAAUUUCAGAUGUUAGCCAAGUAAAGAAAAUUACAGUGCGGUGAAUCGCUCUAGGCAGAUCUUGUCUUACUUGAAAAUAAGCCACUGUCUUUUUGUUCAUAUUGUUUAAAACUCCAUGAAUGUACUGGAGACACCAAAUGCCAUCACCUCUGCCCAUAAUUUACUAUUGGCAAGUUGGUUAUAAGUUUCUUUUUCCAUUCUCUAAAUGCUUUCAGGCUUCUAAUGGUCAUUGCUGAAGGUUUUGUUUUGCUGAAAAUCAUUUUUAAGCCAUUAUAGGGAAUAUGACAUACAUUGCCUUGAUAUCCUUGACAUACUUUGAAAGGUUCCCAUGCCUGGGGUCAAACAAAUCCAUAUUUUUGACAGCUGAGCGGAUCCUGUACAUAAAGAGGGUUGCUGGUAUGUGAAGUAAAACAUUUAUCUAAGCCGGGUUGUAUUUUAGAAAUAUGUUAUUUUGCUCAUUGAAAGGGAUCAAAACAUAUUAGCAUAAAAAUCUGAAUAUUUGUAUAGUUUUCUUUGAAUGCAUAAGAAGUAUGGUUGUAUCACUUGUACAUACUGUAAAUACCUGGGAUAAAGUCAAGCUACUGUAUGUGCAUGACAAAAUGAACAAAGAUACAAAAAAAGAUCAAAAGCAUUAGUGGCUAUGCUCUGUAAAACUAUUUCACUAUAAGAAUAUUUUAUUUUCCUUUGUUCUUGAGAAGAACAUUUUGCUAAAGCAUGACUUUCCUGCAAUUAUGAAAAAUACUGUAUUAACGAGGUAGGAGAAAAGGCAAAAUGAUCAUUAGACAAAUAUGUUAUGUUUACAUUUGUUUGUUUGUUUGUUUUUGGGGCUACCAAGAAUCUAUUUGCCAAUGGUGCCAAGUAAAGUGAAUGCUACUGCUUAACACAGGAAGUUAAUCAUUGCUGAACAGAUAAUCAUACGGUACAAUGUGAUCAAAUUCACUUGCAUUCAACUGCAUAACCAGUGAACACGGAGAGGGUCUCGGAUGAAGGUGUAUUUCAGAAAGGAUCUUUAAAUCUCUCACAUAUCCCAUUUAGUUUAUUUGUAUGUGUUUGGUGUUUUGUUGGCAGUACAUUUGUAAUGUCAAUGAGAUUAGAUUUUUUUUUUUAUGUUGUUGGGUAUAUUUGGAUUCUACAGAAAUAGUAUCCCUAACUGCAGCAUUAUGCAGAUUUAAAGUUAAAGUUUAGAUAGUUUUGUUCAACAAGAUGUGCAAAAAACCUUGCGAGUUGACAGUUAAGACCUAGAGCAAACCGUUUAUCGCUCACACGUACAGUAUGCUGAAACAAAGUUGCUAAAUCCACAGUUCUGCACUAAAUGAACAACCGUAAAAGAGAUUUCCUGUUAUGCAUGUAAAGGGGAUUCUUUGGUGCUAAAACCGUCGAGGUCGUCGAGGGGCCGAUAGACCUCCAAAGAUCAAUACAUUUUCCAGUGUGGCUUUUGAAAAUUAUUACAUAUUCGCAGAAAAUGAGUAAAUAUCUAAACACGCGUGUUAUAAUGGCACCUGAAAACAGUUUAUAAGAUAAUGCACAAGAUAAUGUGUAUAUAUUCCAGUUCAGUUUCCCCUUAUGUUCAAAGUUAAAACUUUUUGUCAUCUUUUGUAUUUGUUUCUCUGUUAAAGAGAAUCAUAUGUAAAUAUUUUCUUCAGAGUGCUUAUGUUGGAAGUGCCUGACUCCAGCGAGCUGUUUGUCUGCAUGUACGGUUUAUAAGGGACUAAUUGGCUAUAGCAAGUAAUUCUUUCAAGCAAAAAUUCCUUUACGUUACUUUUCCAUGGGUUUCUUUGUCCAUAUUUUCUUCUCUGUGUAUUUCAUUUUAAUGCACCAGGAAUUUAUGGGUUUGUCAUAACUCAUGUCUUCUAUUGGAACUGCCAGAUGAACCCACAAGGACUGCGGUUCUUGCCUUGCAUUCAUCAUUCCGGUAGCAGUUUUAAGUUGUCAGCUGAUGCACCGUGGUGGCAACUUGAGUCUUAUUAUGCUUGCAUGGGUAACAUAGAUAAUCGGGUGGCUAAACAGCACCCAAAGCAUGCUUAUUUUUGUAGAUUUGGUAGUCAGGUAGACUUGUCAAAGAAAUAUUGUUCUGUAAAGCAGAUGAUUUCAUGGGUUGCAGAACUUCAUAAGAUUGAGGGCUUCUAAGUAGGCAGCAGACACGUAACUUGCAGUACAAAAUCGUCAGUACUCAUACAUACAGGGGCAGCAUGAAUUGUUUUAUUUUUUUCCAAAUAGGAAUUAGGAUUCUUGUUUAGUCUUAAACUGCAUUGAAUUCACUUUCACUCUAUUUUCUUCAUUCACAUUUGCAUUUCUUCAACAGCUUAACCACACAAAAAACAGGUCAAAACGUGUACCUCAUACAAAAACACACCACAGAACUGUGUCCAUAUCCAUGUUAAAGUGUCCAUGGCACUAGUGCAGUUGAAACCUUGUAUGUGAAUUUCGCCACUUGCUGUCGAGUUCACUUUUUUAUCUUAUCUCAGGUGCCAAACUGGAAAAAUGGAGGUGGAGCAAGUCACUUGAGAAUUAGCUGCUGCUUAUUGGUAAAUGAGCCAGUCCGUCCUGAUCAAAUGACUGUGAUUCUGAAUAUGUCAUGCUUUUUUUUUUAUCAUCUGUGUGAGCUGAGUUGGCAUACCGUAGAAACUUCCAUUGCCCCUGCAACAGAGUGGCACUGGUGUUGUAUAAGAGUGCUCAAGCCCAUUCAAAUGGAAUAGGUUCGUAUGAAUGUGUCUGCUACUUGUGUAAAUAUACGCAUGGAUGUUUCAGUGGUAGAAACUCCAUCAACUUCGCAAAACAGUUCAGCUUCUCCAUAUCCAGAUUCUAUAGUCACUGUACAAACAAACUGCCGUGGAUAUACUGUAUCACAAUAAUGAAAUAAAGUGCUGCUCAGAUCUAAUCAUCGUCACAACCUUUACUAUAGCCAUAGAUGUGUGUUUUAGCUGUAGUUUAUAAAUGCCAGACAGUAACCUCAUUUGGUUGCAUACGGGUUCAUUUUGAAAAUUCUUCUUUAAUGGUAUCACAGCUCAGCCCACAGAAGAUAUCUCAUCACUUUUGUUUUUCUAUCACAUCACCAACUACUUUGAGAGACUGCCUUUGCUCCUCUUCUGUUUACCGCUCCCAUUUUUUUAGAAAGGUAGUCACAGGGAAAACAGGGCCCACCAAGUUUUACCACUCAUGGACACUGAGCAAUAAGCAAUUCCUGAAGUGGAGACCUGUAGAGCUAAUGGGUAAAGUGAUGUAUUGGAUACACAUAGCUGAUUUACUCUUAUGCAAAUGGCAGUAUUGUGAGAUUAGAGCGCAGUAGUUUAAGGACAGUGCUUAUACGACACCCUUCAUGGAGCUGCACGUUUUCAUCCCUUUCAAACCCAGAAAAUAUUGGCCCUGCCUUUAUUACAAGCUACACUUGGGGCUCUCUACACUUUGCAUGUUAAACUAGUGUUAGAUCUACUUUCCUCUCCUCUCUAGCAGUCUUUCUCUCUGUCUCUCCCAGUUAUGUAGCCCUCUCCUUUCCAAAUACCCCUACUAAGUUAACCCCUUUUAUUUUUUAUUUUGAAAUGUCUGUUUUUCUUCCCUUCCCUGGUUUGAACAAUUUAUUUUUGUAACUGUGCAUGUUAAAGAGUCACUGAAUCGAUGGAUAUGUUAAAAAAGAGAAUUCAGCUGCUGAAGCCAUGCAAAAUGUUUUGAAUUGCCCUUAAAAUAUGAAAGAUGUUUUCUGAAUGCUUUAUAUUCUCUCUGCUGUAAAAUAAUAAAA